CCGCUCGAAAUAUAUUCAGAAGAAAUGCUUCCCCAGACAGAGAAAUGCACCAAGGAUUUAUCAGCAGCACCUAUAGCUAAGAAUCCUACACCAAAUGUUUACUAUUGUAAAUGGCAAUCAGAAGAAGAGGGUGACAUGAAAGCUUAUGUUGUGGGAGGCACCAUAUUCACUAGAAGAGGGAGAUCUAAGCACAAGCCGGAAAGUAGCUUGGAUGAAUUGAAUUAUGUACCCAAGAUUAGGAGAGUUGUUAAUCUGGUGGAACUGAUGGGGAUAAAUACUCAACCUAUAGAAGAGGAGUCACUGAGUCUGGCAAUAUAUAUGACAACUCUUGAAAAGAUACCUACCCAUAAUGAAGAUCAUGACGAAUAUUGA